GAUAAUGGGUAUUCACUAUGUAAGAUGUUCAUUGUUAUCUUUGCUGUGUAGGUCAUUCAACUGUAUUGGAUAAUGAAAAUAAGAAAUUAUACAUUUUUGGUGGAUGGGGUGUGACAGCAACGAAUGAUUCCAAUAUGUACGUAUUGGAUGUCAACAACUGGAGCUGGACUAAAGUGAAGACUACAGGCUAUCCUAAUCUCAACCCGCCUCCUUCAACAAACACCACAAUUAUACCGCCUUCUCCCACUGCGGGAUCUGAUAGUCACAGUAAGACAGGAAUCAUCGCGGGUGCUACGAAAAAGAAAGCGUGAAGAGACUAAGGAUAUAAACAGUUCUUCUAUUCAAGACGAAGAUGAACAAUUUGUUGUAGACACGACCUCAUCAACACCUAAAGAGUACUAUUAUAACCACACGAACAACGCCACCGGCCGACCGCCUUAUCGAAUGUCUAAAGCAUGGAGCAGUACAUCCUUUGCUAGGCAUUCCGAGAUUGGAGAUUACUCAGACAAGGUAGUAACGGGUGUAUUAGAAGCCAUGAGUGACGACGGCACGAUGGCAGCGACACAUGGAUCUCAACGUAGCGAAUCAUUUCGACAUUCCAAGGUCCUCCUUGUCUCAGAUGGUCAGGUACCUAACGAGAUCACCGCUCAAAAGCCUAAUGAAUUUUCGAUGGCCAUAAGACGUGAUCUUCAUCAACACAGACUGGUUGAUCAUCACCGUGCAUCAUCUUCAUCGCAGCCGAUGCCAGGAGAAGGGGAUGACGAAAACUGGACAUUUGCAGACUCAUUAUCGCCCAUACAAUACAUCAACAAUUCAUCGCAUCAACUAAGUACAGCAACCACAUCGACUCAGACAUGGGAUACAACGGAAGCAAGACGACGUCAACAGAUACCACUCACACAUCACCAACCAUCAUCUGUCAUCAGCAUGCCCGUCAUCGCGCAGACUGUGACUCAGCCCCCUGCAUCGCCCCCUCCAACAAGCAUUGAUUCAAAACCAUCGACACAGCAAGUGGAUAUGUAUCGUAGGAUGAGUCCGUUGGAUGUACUGGCGUCUUUAGGCCAAAGCCACGAUCCGAACAACACGAAUAAUAAUAGCAGUAGUAGUAAUAGUAGCAGCUCCGGAAGUCUACAUGAGUCAUUUACAAUUUUGAAACAAUCUACUAAAGGGGUGACGCCGCCAUCCACAUCGUCAUCUAUAUCGGAUCAUCACCAUUCGCAUCCCAAGUUCUUGAUGCCCAUUCUGCUGAUGCUGCCCAAAAGAUAUCAACUCGACAGCUCUAUUCGUCCGAUCAUUGGCCCGUCUAAUGUGAUCCUGUUUGUGAACAAUAUAGAAACGAACCAGCCAUUGGCAAUCAAGCUGUUUGGUCGUCGAGAAGCGUGGGAGAGGGAGUGUCGCACAUUGGUUAAGCUGAAAUCACCCUUCAUGGUGGAUCUAUUGGAGGUACUGACGAUGCAAGCAAAUGAGGAUGCGGAUCAGGAGGACGAUGUCAAGUAUGCCAUUGUCAUGGAACGACUGGAUGAGACAAUUGUUAACUUUAUGCGUAAAACAGACGUACAAUCUCGAACCGUUGUCAGAGAUGUCCUACAGGCUCUUGCUUGGUGUCACAGUAGAGGCAUUGCCUUUUGUGAUUUGAAACCUAGCAACGUGAUGCAUCGUUUUGGAAAAGAGUGGAAGUUGAUUGAUUUUGAAGCAAGUAGGACGAUUGGAGAAGAGUGUGUGGGAGUCAUCACGCCUCGUUACUGUGCACCCGAGGUGGCCAAGGCAACGACAUACGGAUUAGAAGGAGCUAGUGGUGUUGUAGCAACUGCUAGCGUCGAUCUAUGGUCACUUGGAUGUCUUUUAUAUGAGCUAGAAACAAAGAGAGCGUUAUUCCCGAAUAAUAUCAAAGAUGAAACCAUUCUACAUUUCAUAUCCCAUCCUUCACCAUCAACGCCCGCGCUCAAUAACGGACUCAGGUGGAACGAAGAAAGAGAACUGGACAUACCACAGUUAGAUAGACUUAUACCAAAUCAACAUACACGUCAUGUCAUCAAGACACUGCUGAGUAGGGAUCCUCUUCAGCGUGGAUCUGCUCAACAAUGGCUGCAAGAUCCUUAUUUCAAUUAGAGAGAGUUAUGUCAGCUUUACAUUACUAAAAUCCAUUUCAGGAUGCUGCUUCUUGAAGUUUUCAAACAUUUGCUGCUUCUUUAAUGUAUCGCUAUCUGGUAAACCCAUUGCUUUUUGACGUUGGUCAAACUAUAUAACAAAUAAUAAAUAAAUACAAGUACAACAAACAACACUAUAUAUUACCAUCAUCUUUUCAACCAUAGCUCUUGUCUCUCCAUCCAAGUCACUCAACUUGGAAUUCUCUGGUUGAAUCCUUUGUGUGUUGAUCUUGGGCGCGCCCUUGACCACAUUUUCCCACCACUGCAUCUGGUUUACUUUUUCGAGGUGAACGAGUAUUUCCUUUUGGUCUUCAAUAGUCCAUGUGCUAUCGUCUACUUUUACUGAUUGACACAGCUCACCCUG